AUGCGAGCUCUCCUCCAGAAGAGGAUCCGAGAUACAUUUUCCCUGGGAUCUGAAGUGCCCUGUGGCCUGGCACGGGCCGCAGUGACCUCUUUACCCUGUCCCCUUCCUGGCCGCGAUACCUCCAACGUUGUCUUCCCGGACCUCGCCCCCGCCCCGUCGGUAGUGGCUGCCUACCCGCUUGGCUUGUCCCCCGAAACCGCAGCUUCCCCCUAUUUGCCCUACUCCCAGCCCUAUGGCCACCUCCUGUCCUUUUCUUACCCUGGGCCAGCAACCCCAGGAAACUCCUACCUGGCCAGCCAGCAACUCUCGGCGGCGGCUCUUCCCUUCCACCGGCCAGCUGAACGCCCGCAGGAACUUGAAGCAGAAUCAGAGAAACCGGUGCUGUCCCUGGAGCCCUGCCAGCAGCCCCUGACCGGCAGGCAGCUGCACGGACCUAGAACCAUCUACUCCAGCCUGCAGCUGCAACAUCUGAACCAGCCUUUGCAGCACACACAGUACCCAGCCCUGCCCGAGAAGGCUCAGCGGGCAGCGCAUCUUGGACUCACCCAAACCCAGGUAAAGAUCUAGUUUCAGAACAAACGCUGCUCCAAAUACAAGAAGCUCCUGAAACAGAACUCUGAGGAGCAGGAAGAAGACUUCUCUGGGAGACUCCCCUCCCUGUCUCCCUGCUCUCCAAAUCGUCCAUCCAUCUGGGAUCUACUCAAGGCAGGCGCCCUGCCUACCAGGGGCUCCGACAGUGCCUUCAGAGCCUGGUAUCGGCAUCAGCCCCCAGAUGAGCUGCUUCUGCCUCAGAUGAUCUGAGUCUGGAGAAGGUCUGGUCAGGCCCCAGCCUUCCUGUCAAGCCCAGGACUAGCACACCUGCUUCCCUUCUGGGGGGAGAGGAAACCAGCUCCAGAUGGAUUUUCUCAAGACAAGAAGAGAAAGGAGAAGAAAGAACGGAGUGGAAGUCUGGGCUCUCCCAGCCAGACAGCUAAAUCAAAGGCUUUCGUCUUUGCAACUGUCCCCAGUGCUGCCGUGGACCUGGCAUCUCCCUCCAGUGGGACAAAGGCUUUAGAGAGAGCUUCGCUGGCUAGUGUUCAGGCUGCUCCAGUCUCGACACCCCAUCCCUCUUCAAAUGACUGCAGCCCCACCACAGCCUAGGAUCGAAGCCAGGGAGAAAACAAAUAUUAUUUCUGGCCUGCACCUUGGACCCUACCAGCCUAUCCACGAACAAAACCGGAAGUGGACACAGAGUCUCUGUUGUUGGCCACCAUAAAGUCCCUGUUUCUCAUCUACCGGUUAUUGGUGGUGGUCAGCCUGUUACCUCCCUAACUGGAGGUGUGGUCCAAUGGUAGAGUAAGUGCUUAACAUGUAAGAGGUCCCAGCACCAAAAAUAUGGAGUGCUGGCCUGUGGGCACUUGGUAUUUCUCUCUUUUAAAGGGUCUUCUGUCCCAUAUCUACCCAUUUUGAGUUGACAAGUCCCAGGCGUAAUCAUCCAUCUAAUUCAACAGGUAUGUGUUAAGAGCACAGGCCCCUCCAUCCUUGAUGCCCAACAAGUUCAACUGCACAUAUUCUUGGAAGCCUAGAAGGAGACAUGGACAAACAUUUCCUGGAUCCAUUCAGGUAUAGCUGCCUCCAUAAUGGGGUAGGCUUAGCACGUCAGCUCCUCACAGUUGCCUCUAUCCAAGAAUCUGUCCGAAUUCACCAUUAUUCUGUCCGCAUCCCCAGGCACUUGC